AUGCGUCGAAGUGAACAGAGCGCUCUACAGAUCACUUCUGUUACAAUUGUGCUAAUAUGUAUUUUAACAGGUAGCCACUGUAAUCUUACCGUUUCUCCCACUGGACCAACAGUGGUUUCAGCGAGAGUAUUUAGCGAUGUAACAUUGGGGGUGUCCUACAGUGGUGCAACUCAGCCCAUGGUGUCCUGGUUGAAGGGGAGCACACCUGUGGUGACCUGGAUCAUUGGGCAAGAUCCACCUGAAAUUGACGCCGCUUUUGCAAGUGUGCUGGCGCUAGAUGGAAAUGGGUCUCUCAUCUUCACGAAUGUAUCACUCCACUACAGCGACAUAUACACAGUACGGUUCACCAAGGCUGGGCUACAAGAGGCUACUGUCACGUUCACUCUUAAGGUGUAUGAUCUAAUUAGGAACAUUUCUGUGAAUGUACACCCAAGUGAUGCCAUCGAGGGUGAUGCUACCUUUACGCUGUACUACAGCACGAUGCAAGGAGAAGCCCAGGAAUCAAAAUGGUAUUUUAAUGGAUUAAUGGUACAGAACAGCUCCCAUUACUUAAUCAGUGGGAAGAACCUCACAAUCAAGCAGCCCAACAGAAACGACACGGGCCAAUACACUGUGGUCCUGACAAAUCCAUUCAGCAACGGUUCCCAACACAGGAACAUCAUUGUGCUGUAUGGGCCAGAUCAGCCUGUUCUGGAGGUCAGUCCCACAAAAGCUUCCUUUGUCGUGGGAGAGUCUCUCUCACUCUCCUGUCGGGGUAAAGGCGAGCCAGCGCCCUCUGCUGGUUGGUUUUAUGAAGGUCAACCUCUGAACUCCACUGCAGGAAUGCUAAACCUCAGCAACGUCCAGACAGACCAGAGUGGUGCCUACAUUUGUGAACUGCUUAAUGAGAAGACUGGAGUGAAACUCAGAAGGAGCAUCACCAUAAAUAUCUAUGAGAGUCCCAUUGGCAGCCCUGUGUGCUCAGUUAUUGCGGUUAAUGGAAAUACGGAGCUGCAGUUCCGCUGCCUGUGGCCAGGCGGCAUUCCCGAAGCUCUGCUGUCUUUCCCAACCUUGAAUAGCACCAGCGGUGGGCUAGGAGACUUUAACAUCACUACAGCGGUCAGUCAGAACUUAAAUGGAAUGGAGGUCAUCUGCACGGCCGAACAUCCGCUUCAUCAAGAGCAGUGUGGGAUCGCUGUCCACGGUCCAACAGAAUUCCUCCCAGUGGUCUCCACCACAGUGGGGCAAGACAGCAAAGUGAUGGUCACAAUUCACUGUUACUCUGUGGCCAUGCCAGAGGCCACCGUCGUUUGGUUCAAAGCCGGCCAGGUUCUGAGCAAUGGGAUGGGAUACCAGAUCAGCAACAGUACGACAGAUCUCCAUAUUCUUGACUUGGAGCUCAGCACCACUUAUCUCAGCACCUACACCUGCAUGGCCUCCAACCCCCUGGGCAACAGGAGCAGAGACAUCCAGCUCCUUCGUCCUGUGGUGUCAAACUUGCAUGUUUCUCCAAAUGAGGCAGGCACACUGGUGACGCUGACAUGGGAAGUGCCUCCAACCUCUAUUGUGACAGACUUUGACAUUCAGAUGAAAGGCCCGGAUCUCUCAAGUAACACUAACGGCAAACACAACCUCAGCGGGAAAGCAGCUCACGACUUCAGCACCAUCCUGACAGAACCAGCCUCGGCUAGAACCAUUAACAUCUCGGGACUCGACCCCAAAUCAACCUACUACUUCCAGGUCGUUCCCUUGGCGGGCAGAAUGAGUGGAGCGCCUUCAGUCCAGCAGAUGGUUGGACCAGGGGAGGGUCUGAGUGGUCCAGCCAUCGCGGGAAUCGCUGCUGGAAUCCCCUGCAGUAUUCUCGUGCUGCUCAUCCUCAUUGGCCUUAUUGUCCUGUCUGUCAUCUGGUAUAGGAAAAGAAGUCGACCUCCAAAAUAUCCGGUAUCCAGGGCAGUAGAGAAGGUCGUGGCAUCUCAGCCUAACCUGACUAAUCCUCAUAAAUUACUGACUGGGGGACUGAAACCACCCCCUGAAUACAGCCCAAAGAAGGCUCUACCUGAGAGACCAACUCAGUUCGGCAGGGUCGGAGGCUCACGUGUGGUCAUCCCCUGCUCCCCCAAACACCCAGCAUCCCAUCAUCCUCAUGACGUAACCUGGUACAAGUUUGUCUCCCGUGGAUACCUGGUGGCGUUCAGCAGAAACAAAGAAUGCCCCAAGAACAUCUCUGUGAACAUCUCUGGGGAUCGGAGGGUGACACACGUGGGCAACUUGAUGACAUUAUCCUGCCAUAGUGAUGCCAACCCUCCUGCCAACAUGUUCCAGCGGUACUUCAGAGCUGGCUCUGUCACUUUACUAUAG